UGGCCAUCGCUAGCCAGCGGCGAAAUAAAAUAAAAGCAUCGAUCAUAUAUUGAGACUUGUUAAUAUUAAAAAUGAACGUCCGACUUAUUCAAACACGAAACAAUUAUCUAAAUAUGACAAGCUUUUUUAGAAGACUUGGACACAGGCAAAUGUCCGUCCAAGCCGCAGUACAACCCAAACGAAGCGGAAACAGCCAAAACAUUGUGCUUGUCGAUGGAGUUCGUACGCCUUUUCUGACAUCUGGUACAUCAUACUCGAAUUUAAUGCCCCACGAGUUAGCUAGGCAUUCGUUGCUAUCUCUAUUGCAAAAGAGUAAAAUCAACAAGGAACUUGUUGAUUAUAUUGUCUAUGGCAGCGUUAUUCAGGAGGUAAAAACUUCGAAUAUUGGGCGCGAGGCAGCGCUAGCGGCUGGAUUUAGCGAUAAGACACCUGCCCACACGGUUACAAUGGCCUGCAUUAGCUCCAAUGCGGCAAUAACAACUGGCAUGGGACUUAUUGCUACGAACACGUACGAUGUGAUUGUUGCUGGAGGCGUUGAGUUUAUGUCUGAUGUGCCAAUCCGGCAUUCGCGCAAAAUGAGAGCGCUUAUGUUAAAGGCAAAUAAAGCAAAAACGCUUGGACAGCGGCUUUCGUUACUCUCGACAUUCAGGCCUGGAUUCUUGGCUCCGGAAUUGCCGGCUGUUGCAGAGUUCUCGUCUGGAGAGACUAUGGGUCACUCCGCCGAUCGACUGGCAUCGGCUUUUAAUGUCACACGCAAAGAACAGGACGACUACGCUUUAAGAUCCCACACCUUGGCCAAAAAAGCUCAGGAAAAUGGAUACUUUACGGAUUUGGUGCCUUUUAAAGUUCAAGGUGUUGAUCAAGUUGUCGAUAAAGACAACGGCAUUCGAGUCUCCAGCCCAGAAAGUUUGGCAAAGCUCAGACCAGCGUUUGUGAAACCUUAUGGCACAAUUACUGCUGCCAACGCUUCCUUCUUGUCUGACGGUGCAUCAGCUUGUCUAAUCAUGACAGAGGAGAAAGCCAAGCAGUUGGGCCUAAAGCCCAAAGCAUUUUUACGUGAUUUUCUUUAUGUAUCUCAAGAUCCUGUCAACCAACUGCUAUUGGGUCCUGCCUAUGGAAUACCCAAGCUCUUGAAGAAAGCCGGAAUCACACUGAAAGAUGUGGACACUUGGGAAAUUCAUGAAGCCUUUGCUGGUCAAAUUGUGGCCAAUUUGAAAGCCUUAGAUUCUGAUUGGUUUUGUAAAACAUAUUUGGGUCUGAACGAGAAAGUAGGGGCUGUAGAUUUAACCAAGUGGAAUAACUGGGGUGGAUCACUAUCUAUUGGUCACCCAUUUGCUGCCACAGGAGUUCGUCUAUGUAUGCACACCGCCAACCGCCUGGUACGCGAGGAUGGAAAGCUUGGUGUAGUUGCGGCAUGUGCUGCUGGUGGACAAGGCGUGGCCAUGCUUAUAGAGCGUUAUCCUGGAGCAAGCGCCGACUGAAUAUAUAAUUUGCUAAGUACUUUUCAAUAAAAUAUCUUUUAAUAAA